UGUGACGGGGGGGAGGCUCCGCUCCGGGCCGGGCUGCGCUCCGCUCCGGGUUUGGCAGGCGGCCGCGGCGCUGGGUAAAAUGGCAGCGCUGAGCCUCGUGUCGGACUGAGCCCGCUCGGCCGAGCAGAGUCGGAGCUCGCCCAGCCCGGCCCCGCCGCCGCUCGGCCCCGCUCCGGGGACGGCGCCCGCCCGCCCGCCGUGUCCCCCCUCCCUCCCUCCCGCCUCUCCCGCACCGGGAGCCCCGUCCCGGGUCCCCCCCCACCCCCCCUUUCCUCCUCCUUCCCCCCCACUCCCUCCUCCUCCCCUUUCUCCGCCGGCUGCAACCGAGGAGGUACAGCGGGGCCAGGCCCCGGGAAGCCCAGCCCAGCGGAGCCCUCCCCGCCUCGCCGAGCAGGCCGGGGGGGAAUGAGCCCCCGCUGCCCUGAAGAGCCGCCCGCCGCCGCCUGAGCGGGGAGAGCAGAGCAGCGAGGCCUCACGCCGGCCGGCCAGGCAGGGAGCAGCUCGGGGGGACCGGUCCGGGGGGGUGGCCGGGCGGGGAGGGGGGGGAUCAUGGCUGCUCAGGUCGCCCCCGCCGCCGCCAGCAGCCUGGGCGCCCCGGCUCCAUCCGAGCUGAAGAAAGCGGAGGCGCAGCAGCGGGAUUGUCCCCCGGAGGAGGCGGGGGGUGAGGCGGCGGCGGCGGAGCGCGGCGAGAAGCAGGCGGAGAGCGAGGGCCCGUCGGGGAAGGAGCUGCAGGACGGGGCCGAGAGCAACGGAGGGGGCGCAGGGGCCGAGUCCGACCUGAAGAGCUCGAACGGGAACCCGGGCCCCAGGCCCGCCGCCGCCGCCACCCUGAACAAUAACCUCCCGGAGCCGCCCGGUGGCGGCGGCGGCGGCGGCAGCGACGGGGUGGGGGCGCCGCAGCCGCCGCCGCAGCAGCAGCCGCCCCCUUCCCACCCGGCCGCCUUGCCCCCGCCAGCCUACGGCUUCGGGCAGCCCUACGGCCGGGGCGCCGCCGCUGCCUUCCACCAACAUGGCGGACAACAAAGCCCUGGCAUGGCAGCGCUGCAGAGCGGGGGCCUGGAGCAGAACUACCCGGGGCCGGCGGGAGCCCCCGCGGGGCCGCCCCCUCCGCAGAACUCGCACGGCGCCGGGGCCGAGCACGGCUUCCCCAACCACCAGUACAACUCCUACUACGCGGCCGGGCGCAGCGCCGGCUCCUACCCGCCUCCCCCCCAGGCCUACGCCCUGAGCUCCCCCCGGGGCUCCGCGCCGCCGGCCGCCAAGUCCCCCGCGGCCGCCGCCGCCGCCUUCCAGCAGCAGCAGCAGCGCUUCGGGGUCAUGGGUCCCUCGGCCGCCGGCGGCGCGGGAGGAGGGGGCACCACCCCGCAGCCCACGGCCACCCCCACCCUCAACCAGCUCCUCACCUCCCCCAGCUCCGCCCGCGCCUACCAGGGGUACCCCGGGGGCGACUAUAGCGCCGGGCCGCAGGACGGGGCGGCCGCCGCCAAGGGCGCCGCCGACAUGGUCUCGCAGUACGGCGGGGGCAGCGGCCAGGGCUGGGCAGCGGCCGGCGGGGCCCCGCCGAGGAGCCACCACGCGCCCAUGAGCCCCGGGAGCAGCGGCGGCGGGGGACAGAGCCUCGGCAGGAGCCAGCAGCCGGCGAGCCCGAUGGAUCAGAUGGGGAAGAUGAGGCCUCAGCCCUACGGAGGGAACAACCCCUACACGCAGCAGCAGGGGCCGCAGGCGGGGCCGCAGCAGGGCCACGGCUACCCCGGGCAGCCCUAUGGGCCACAGGCCCCCCAGAGAUACCCCAUGGCCAUGCAGAGCAGGACGCAGAGCGCCAUGGGCAGCAUCUCCUAUGCACAGCAGAUGCCUCCGUACGGGCAGCAGGGCCCCAGCGCGUACGGGCAGCAGAGCCAGAGCCCCUACUACAACCAGCAGAGCCCUCACCCGCAGCAGCAGCAGCAGCAGCAGCCUCCCUACUCGCAGCAGCCCCCGUCGCAGCCCUCUCACCCUCAGCCCUCGUACCAGCAGCAGCAGCAGCAGCAGCAGGCGCAGCCCCCGGCCGCGGCGCAGCCGCCCUACUCGCAGCCGCCCCAUCAGCAGCCCCCCAGCCCGUACCCGCAGCAGCCGCCGGCCCCGCAGCACCCCCAGGGCCAGUCCCCCUACUCGCAGCAGCAGUCCCAGUCGCCGUACCAGCAGCAGCAGGCGCAGCAGCAGCAGCAGCAGGCGCAGCCCUCCUCGUCGUACCCGCCGGCGCAGCCGCCGCAGCAGCCCUCGGCCUACUCGCAGCAGCGCUUCCCCCCGCCUCAGGAGUUAUCUCAAGACUCGUUUGGGUCCCAGGCAUCCUCUGCUCCCUCAAUGGCUUCCAGUAAAGGGCAAGAAGACAUGAACUUGAAUCUUCAGUCCAGACCUUCCAGCCUGCCGGACCUGUCUGGUUCCAUAGAUGACUUGCCCAUGGGGACCGAAGGAGCCCUGAGCCCUGGAGUAAGCACAUCAGGGAUUUCCAGCAGCCAAGGAGAGCAGAGUAACCCAGCUCAGUCUCCUUUCUCGCCACAUACCUCUCCUCACCUGCCAGGCAUCAGAGGACCCUCCCCCUCCCCAGUUGGAUCUCCAGCCAGCGUUGCUCAGUCCCGCUCCGGUCCCCUGUCCCCUGCUGCAGUCCCAGGCAAUCAGAUGCCCCCCCGGCCGCCCAGUGGCCAGUCGGACUCAAUCCUGCACCCCUCCAUGAACCAGUCGAGCAUGGCACAGGACCGAGGGUACAUGCAGAGGAACCCCCAGAUGCCCCAGUACAGCUCCCCCCAGCCCGGCUCAGCCUUAUCCCCCCGGCAGUCCUCGGGAGCACAGAUGCACGCCGCCAUGGGGCCCUACCAGCAGAACUCCAUGGGGAGCUACGGACCCCAGGGCGGCCAGUACGGACCUCAAGGAGGUUACCCCAGGCAGCCAAACUACAACGCCAUGUCCAACGCCAACUACCCCAGCCCGGGCAUGGGCGGCAGCAUGAACCCCAUGGGCGCCGGCAGCCAGAUGCACGGGCAGAGCGGGGUGCCCCCGUACAGCGGGCUGCCCCCGGGCAGGAUGGGCCACGCGGCCAUGGGCAGCCGGCCCUACGGCCCCAACAUGGCCAACAUGCCCCCCCAGGUGGGCAGCGGCAUGUGCCCCCCGCCCGCCGGCAUGAACCGCAAGGCGCAGGAGGCCGCCGCCGCCGCCAUGCACGCCGCCGCCAACUCCAUCCAGAACAGGCCUCCUGGUUAUCCCAACAUGAACCAGGGGGGGAUGAUGGGCACUGGGCCUCCCUAUGGGCAGGGAAUUAACAGCAUGGCUGGCAUGAUAAACCCCCAGGGCCCCCCCUACCCCAUGGGGGGCAACAUGGCCAACAACUCUGCAGGGAUGGCAGCAAGCCCUGAAAUGAUGGGACUCGGGGAUGUCAAAUUAACACCUGCAACUAAAAUGAACAACAAGGCAGAUGGGACGCCCAAAGCAGAAUCCAAGUCAAAGAAGUCCAGUUCCUCUACCACGACCAACGAGAAGAUCACCAAGCUGUACGAGCUGGGUGGGGAGCCCGAGAGGAAGCUGUGGGUGGAUCGUUACCUGGCCUUCACUGAGGAGAAGGCCAUGGGCAUGACCAACCUGCCAGCUGUGGGCAGGAAGCCCCUGGACCUGUACAGGCUCUACAUCUCUGUCAAGGAGAUCGGGGGAUUGACUCAGGUCAACAAAAACAAGAAGUGGCGUGAGCUGGCCACCAACCUGAACGUGGGCACGUCGAGCAGUGCAGCCAGCUCCCUGAAGAAGCAGUACAUCCAGUGUCUGUACGCCUUCGAGUGCAAGAUCGAGCGCGGCGAGGACCCCCCUCCAGACAUCUUUGCAGCUGCUGACUCCAAGAAAUCCCAGACCAAGAUCCAGCCUCCAUCUCCAGCGGGUUCAGGCUCCAUGCAGGGCCCUCAGACACCUCAGUCCACCAGCAGCUCCAUGGCAGAAGGAGGAGACUUGAAGCCACCAACUCCAGCGUCGACGCCUCACAGUCAGAUGCCCCCUUUGCCAGGCAUCAGGAGUAACUCGGUGGGCCUUCAGGAUGCCUUUGCAGACGGCAGUGAUCCUACGUUCCAGAAACGGAACUCCAUGACUCCAAAUCCAGGGUACCAGCCCAGCAUGAAUACCUCUGACAUGAUGGGUCGCAUGUCUUACGAGCCAAAUAAAGAUCCCUACAGCAGUAUGAGGAAAGCUCCAGGAAGCGACCCCUUCAUGUCCUCAGGGCAGGGUCCCAACAGUGGCAUGGGUGACCCUUACAACCGCGCCGCCGGCCCCAGCAUGGGCAACAUGGCCAUGGGCCAGCGGCAGCACUACUCCUACGGAGCCCCCUAUGACAGGGUCAGGACGGAGCCGGGGCUGGGGCCCGAGGGCAGCCUGGGCAGCGGCACCCCCCAGCCCAGCAUCCUGCCCGCCGCGCCCGAGUCGGGCAUGUACUCGCCCAGCCGCUACCCCCAGCAGCAGCAGCAGCAGCAAAGACAUGAUUCCUAUGGCAAUCAAUUCUCCACUCAAGGCACAUCCUCGGGCAGCCCCUUCCCCAGCCAGCAAACCACCAUGUAUCAGCAGCAGCAGCAGAACUACAAGCGGCCGAUGGACGGCAGCUACGGCCUCCCCGCCAAGCGGCACGAGGGCGAGCUCUACAACGUUCCCUACAGCUCGGGGCAGGCCCAGCCGCAGCAGCAGCUGCCCCCGGCGCAGCCGCAGCAGCCCAGCCAGCAGCCGCCGGCGCAGCCCUCGCCGCAGCAGGACCUGUACAACCAGUACGGCAGCACGUACCCGGCCGAGCGCCGCGCCGGCCAGAGCCAGUUCCCCUUCCAGUUCGGCAGGGACAGGGUCUCGGCCGCCCCCGGCUCCGGCGCCCAGCAGAACAUCCCCCCGCAGAUGAUGGGGGGCCCCAUCCAGCCGGCCCCCGAGGGUCCCCAGCAAGGGGCCCUGUGGCAGGGCAGGAACGAGCUGGGCUACGGCAGUUACCCCAACCGGCAGAGCUCGGGCGCGGCGCCCCAGGGCCCCGCCUACCACGGGGUCACUCGAACGGAUGAAAUCCUGCAUUCAGACCAGAGGGUCAACCACGAGGGACCAUGGCCUUCCCACGGGAACAGGCAACCUCCCUACGGCCCCUCCGCCCCCGUGCCCCCCAUGACCAGGCCCCCCCAGUCCAACUACCAGACCCCCCCCAGCAUGCAGAAUCACAUUCCUCAGGUAUCCAGCCCAGCACCUCUGCCCAGACCUCUGGAGAACCGCACUUCUCCCAGUAAAUCCCCGUUCCUGCACUCGGGGAUGAAGAUGCAGAAGGCAGGGCCGCCCGUGCCUGCCUCGCACAUCACACCAGCAGCUGUCCAGCCUCCCAUGAUCCGACGGGACAUCACCUUCCCGCCGGGCUCGGUGGAGGCCACGCAACCUGUGCUGAAGCAGAGGAGGCGGCUGACGGCAAAAGAUAUCGGAACUCCUGAAGCCUGGAGAGUGAUGAUGUCUCUGAAGUCGGGGCUGCUGGCUGAAAGUACGUGGGCCUUAGAUACCAUAAACAUCCUGCUCUAUGAUGACAACAGCAUAAUGACCUUCAACCUCAGCCAGCUGCCAGGCUUGCUGGAGCUCUUGGUGGAAUAUUUCCGGCGCUGCCUGAUUGAGAUCUUUGGAAUCCUGAAGGAAUACGAGGUAGGAGACCCAGGGCAAAGAACACUAUUAGAUCCUGAAAGGUUCUGCAAAUCUUCAGCUUCCUCCCCUGAAGAAGGGGAGGAGGACGAUGAGCCACGGAGCCUGAACUGUGAGGAGGGAGAGGAGGAUGAGGAAGAGGAGGAGGCUGCGUUUUCGAGCAAGGACAAAGUACCUCUAGAGAGCAGCGAGGAGAAGCUAGUGAGUAAAUUUGACAAGCUUCCAGUGAAGGUGGUGCAGAAGAACGACCCCUUCGUGGUGGAUUACUCGGACAAGCUGGGCCGGGUGCAGGAGUUCGACAGCGGGCUCCUGCACUGGCGCAUCGGCGGCGGGGACACCACCGAGCACAUCCAGACACACUUCGAGAGCAAGACCGAGCUGCCCUUGCCUCACAAACGAGCUUCCUGCUCCUCUGCCUUGAGGAAACGCUCAGCAGCCGAGAGCAACCCGAGCCCCAGGGAAGGGGAGGCUCCUGCGCCCGACGGCUCCUCGGAGAAGAGGAUAACUGCCACCAUGGACGACAUGCUCUCGGCACGCCCGGGCUCCCUGGCAGGGGAGGAGGAAGAGGUCAAAGCUUCGGAAACGGCGAAGGAGAGCAGCAAGUUUCCCUUCGUCAUCAGUCCAGCUCAGAGCCACAGAAAUAUAAAAAUCCUGGAGGAUGAGCCCCACAGUAAGGACGAGACGCCGCUCUGCACCCUCCUGGACUGGCAGGACUCUCUGGCCAAGCGCUGCAUCUGCGUCUCCAACAUCAUCAGGAGUUUAUCGUUUGUGCCAGGCAAUGACUUUGAAAUGUCCAAACACCCUGGGCUGCUGCUGAUUCUAGGGAAACUGAUCCUCCUACACCACAAGCAUCCAGAACGCAAACAGGCGCCCCUGACCUACGAGAAAGAGGAGGAGCAGGACCAAGGGGUGAGCUGCAACAAGGUGGAGUGGUGGUGGGACUGUUUGGAGAUGCUGCGUGAAAACACACUGGUCACGUUGGCCAACAUUUCCGGGCAGCUGGACCUCUCCCCUUACCCGGAAAGCAUCUGUUUGCCUAUCCUGGAUGGACUCCUCCACUGGGCAGUGUGUCCCUCAGCAGAGGCCCAGGAUCCCUUUCCGACACUGGGACCCAACGCUGUCCUCUCUCCUCAGAGACUGGUUUUGGAAACACUCAGCAAACUCAGCAUCCAGGACAACAACGUGGAUUUGAUCCUCGCCACGCCGCCGUUCAGCCGCUUGGAGAAGCUGUACAGCACCAUGGUGCGGUUCCUCAGUGACAGAAAGAACCCGGUGUGCCGGGAGAUGGCCGUGGUGCUGCUGGCCAACCUGGCCCAGGGGGACAGCCUGGCCGCCAGAGCCAUCGCUGUGCAGAAGGGCAGCAUCGGCAACCUGCUGGGCUUCCUGGAGGACAGCCUGGCCGCCACGCAGUUCCAGCAGAGCCAGGCGGGGCUGAUGCACAUGCAGAGCCCGCCCUUCGAGGCCACCAGCGUGGACAUGAUGCGCCGCGCCGCCCGCGCGCUGCUGGCCCUGGCCAAGGUGGACGAGAACCACUCGGAGUUCACCUUGUACGAGUCGCGGCUCUUGGACAUCUCCGUGUCGCCUUUGAUGAACUCUUUGGUUUCACAAGUUAUUUGUGAUGUACUGUUUUUAAUUGGCCAGUCAUGACAGCUGUGGGAUCCGAGCCCCCGUGUGCGUGUGCGUGAGUGGAGAACUUAGAAACUGACUGUUGCCCUUUAUUUAUGCAAAACCACCUCAGAAUCCACUGUCUGCCCUGCGCUGUCCUGCUUCUCCCUCGGGGAAAGAUCUCCCCGGCCCCUCUCCCCCUUCCCUGCCCCUCAGAUUUGUCCCGAACCCCUUAUUAAA